AGAGUCUCGUGUUGUGUGCGCUGCGCCUCUGCCGCAGCCUCAGCGCACUUUACAUACACACAUAUGUGCAUAUAUACCAAAAACCUACCGAAAACACAACGUUUUUAAGUAAUGGAGACCGAUCAUCAACAGACCAAACUUUGUCUUCUCAACGGCUCCAGGAAAAGGCAGGACUUCCUGGAGUGGCCUGAGUAUUUUAUGGCAGUGGCGUUUCUAUCAGCCCAAAGGAGCAAAGACCCAAACUCACAGGUGGGGGCGUGCAUAGUGAACCAGGAGAAUAAGAUCGUUGGGAUUGGGUACAACGGGAUGCCCAACGGCUGCAGUGACGACCUUCUGCCCUGGUCCCGGACAGCAGACGACCAACUGGACACAAAGUACCCCUACGUGUGCCAUGCGGAGCUCAAUGCCAUCAUGAACAAGAACAGUGCAGAUGUGAAGGGAUGCACCCUGUACGUGGCUCUGUUCCCCUGUAACGAAUGUGCCAAACUCAUCAUCCAGGCAGGAAUCAAAGAAGUUGUGUAUUUGUCUGAUAAAUACCAUGACACACCUGGAAUGACUGCGUCAAGGAGGCUGCUCAGCAUGGCAGGUGUCCAGUUCAGGCAGUUCAAGCCCAAGAGGACCGAGAUAGUCAUUGAUUUUAAUUCCAUUAACCACACUGGAACGCAGAGCAGCAGCAGCCUCUGAAAUGCCUGAUUAAUGGAUCCCCUCCAGUCCGUCAUUGUCCAAAGAAAACUCAAAUAUAUCACGACUUUGGCAUCUUUGAUAUUUUGACAAAGCCUCUGGAAUGUUGUAUGUACUGUAAUGUGUGUGCUCUAAUAAUCUUAAAAUAGUUUAAUUGGUUUGGUAACUUGUAGACUGUGAGUGACUGGAGUUUUACCUUUUUACAUUUUCAGUUGAUCACUUGGGACAUGUACUCAAGAGAAAAACCCAAAUUUCAGUUUUAUGUAAUUUCACUUUGCAAGGACCUAUUUUUAAAUUUUUUAGUUGCUUGUUAUAAGCUGGUUGCUGUGCUGUUUUUAACAUUGACAACGUUUUUACUAGUCUAGUUUAUACAGGUUGUACUUUGUAUUUUUUGAUAGGGGUUAUCAUAAUGUGGUUGAAAAGAUAUGUUAUUUUGAUUUAUUCCAAAUAAGGCUGCAAGAUUAAUCAUAAUCAAAUCAGAAUAGCAAUUUGACUGGACACAACUGACAAAUUACAAAGACUCUAAUUUUUGAGAUACCAUAAUUUCCUCCACAAACACCAAAAUAUCUGUCUUUCUGCAUAAAAACUGCUGACAAAGUAGUUUAGAUCUGUACAAGCGUGUACUGAAAUUAAUACGUAUCAUUCUUGUUUUAAAGUGCAUUAGUUUAUGGGCCUACUUCAGUUUUUGUCAAUUCUUCUGGGUGCAUUUAAAAUGUGAACUUUGAACAGAAUCCUAUUAUCCUACCAUUAAAACAUGAAUCUCAAGUCUAAUUGCUAAUACUUGUCAGAAAAUCCCAACUCCUUCAGCCCUAGUUGGUUUGGUGAAAGAAAAUGGUUUUGCUGCUGGGGUAAAGAAACAGAUCUGCAUUAUUCUUUGCACUUGUAGAUAAAAAAAAAAGAAAAGAAGACUCAAUAAGAGUUGUCUGCAUCAAAAACACAUUUAUUGAGUUUCUUUUCAUAAUUAUUGAGUUUCUUUUAAUUGUAGUGUUUAUUUUAUAUAGCAAAAAUGAUUUCCAAAUUUGGUCUCGGAUGCAUGUUUGUGUGAAAUGGCGUGAAACUCGUAUAGUCAAUAAAUGGCCUGGACACACAAACCCAG